ACUGGAUGUGGUUUGUACACUCUUUGUUGGUCAAUGUUGGUUAUCUUGGCCUCCUUCUUUGGAGAUUAGACCCAUCCCCAGAGAUUUGUUCCCAGAAACAGCACCAGGGCGACCUGAAUUCAUCCGCCUUCAGUUGUGUGUGUGUUGCUUUCUGCCUGUCUUAAAGACCAAACAGCAAAGAACAUGCCGACCAUCGCUGCAGCUGCGACGCAUCAAAUCACUCUGACGUUGUGUUUGAGAACCUGGCGACCUGCCUGUCAUCACGGCCAUGAUGCGAGUCAUCCAAGCACUAUGGCUGCUUCGUGUGGGGGCUGUGCGAUUGGACGAGGAGAUGGUGGAGUUUGGGAAUUUGACCGGCGACAACUUUGAUGAUUUUGUCCCGUGUUGCUUGGUCAAGGGCGUAUGCAAGAACUUCGACGCGGGCACUCCAGAUGGCUGCCCUGUGGGUUGGCACAACGAGUACUGCGAUUGCUACAAGCGCCGGGGGAAGAAUGGCAGAGGAUUGUUCAAGUGUGGCAUAGGCAAUAAUGAGGAGGAAACACAGUGCUGCUGCAGCAACACUGCUGCGGAGGCCAUGGCAAAGGAUGAUUUGGGAUUGGAAAAGUGCCCCAACCCGCACAGCAUCGGCAGCAUCCUCAACCCAUUCAAGCGCGACAUUAACAAGGAAAUGAGUUUCGGCGCGCCCUUCGUGCAGCUGAGCAAGAAACAUUGCUUCAUCGGCAAAGGCACGCAGGGUGUGACGUAUGGGAAGAAGAAAACCAUCGGGCAGAAGAUCGGCAGUGCCUUCUCGAAGGUGAAAGCGAAGAUCGAUGACGUCAAGCCAAUCUUUCUAUGGACUGCCACGCCCAUGUACAACCCGAACACUGGUGGAUAUGUGAUGGUGAAAAACUUGCACAUCACCAGCAACAAAGCUUUGAGGAACAAGUACGGCUAGAUCCUUUCAGAAACGGUCAGAAACACCCCGCGGGCGAUGGUGUAUCUGGAGCCCGCCUUUGCGCAGCUCAGCAGCUCGUCCGAGCCACCGAGCUCCCCGAGACGCGCACGAAAAGAGAUGACCGGAGCUCUGGUCGUGUGCGUCGCGGUGGGGGAAGGUCCACCGUCGUGCAGAUGUGAGUGGUACUCGUGCCUGGUGACUGGUCCAUGAAAGGAUUCGGUGUGAAGAUGGUUGGAAUCCGGGCUCAACAGAAUAAUGAUGAAUAAUGGUUAUAAGAGAUUUGGUCCAGAUUUGGUGAUGAUUUGGAUGUGUCUUGAUCUCCCUCUGGAUCCACAGACCGUGAGGAGGAUUCCCAGCCACUUUGGAUGUAGGAGGGUCCAGUCGUACCUUUUGAGAAGGUGCCAGUGGAUCGCGAGGGUCUCAAUCUUCAUCGGCUUCACAUCCCUUUCUGCGCCGCCGGUGCCCGGACAGUGAAGCACAUGGGCGGACGGUACAGUGACUCACUCCCUGGAAGAGUCCAUUGGAAACAUGUGAGGAAUACACUCCCUGGAACUCUAUGGAAGUGCAUGGCAUGGCCCAGAAGACCAGUUUCCUUACUCGUCGCCACGGGUUGGAAGCCGGUCUGGCCAA